CUUUAUAGCUCGGAGAAACAAAAUACAUACUUUGCAGAGAUUUUAAGCCACCGGGAGUGAAAAAUCAGAUGGAAACUUAUUUUUCUUUUCAGGGGUUUUAGGCGAUGUAGUUUGGAACCGCAAGGGCUUUGUGCCACUUUCAGGCAACACUUUGCCCAUUCCUGCUUUACACAGAGAGUAAUACUACAUAUGUCUGUGUCAAACCUUAUUCACACAGCUACUAAAAGUUGAGCAUCAUGCCUGAAUGUUAGAAAGUCCUUGGAAAGGACCUUCCAUCUAAUAUUUAUCAAAAUAAUAGUUCCAGACAAAAGCAUUAUGGAAAUUGGAGAUAUAUGAGUCCUGUUUAUUUGCAUAGACUGAAUAUACUGUUCAUUAGAUAAUUCUCAGUGCAUCAAAACCUACACCGCAGAUCUGCUCUUUGCAUUUGCCAUCUCAUCCCAGAAACUUUCUUCAAGCAACUGAUACUCACUUUAAAAAAAGCAGGAUUUUCUAGUCUACAGAUAUGUUGUCUGUCAAGUUCCUUGCCUUUCUGGUAGCUCUGGUUGACUUGGUCACUGCUGGGCUCAUCUCCAAUGGCUUCAUACUCAAAGUGAUUGUUGUUGAAUGGGCUUCAAGCAGGAGCCUUGCCUCCAAUGAGCAACUCCUUCUGAGUCUGGGGAUAUCCAACAUCUGUAUUGCAACUGCUUUGGCUGCAGCUUUGCUGAAGAACUACUUUGUGAUCAGCAACAAUGUCGUGCUACAAGUAAUGUACACCUUUGUUAGUGUUUUAACAUUUUUCAGAUUCUGGAACACUGCCUGGAUCUCUUUCUUCCACUGCAUCAAGAUCGUGAACAGUUCUUGCUCUUUUUUCCUUUGGUGCAAGCUGAGGAUAUCAUGGCUAAUACCCCGGCUUCUUUUGGGGUCUUUAGCCGUGUCCUUAGCUGUUUUUAUUUUUGCUUUCCAGAAUACUCUUAUAUAUCACCUAAACCACGGAACUACAAAGGGGAUUGACAUGAGUCAAGUUAAAAUAGCUCAUGCCGAUUCUUUUAAAUCCUUUUUUAUGUUGUUUGGCUCUGCUUGUCCCCUUCUUGUUGUUUUACUUUGCUCCAUCCUAGUUGUUGCCUCACUCUUGAGACACAACUGCCGAAUGACAGGCAAAGGAAACAAUCUGACGAGCCUUCAAACAAAAGUUCAUAUCAAGGCAGCUGGGACAAUCCUCUCCCUCUUACUUCUUUAUGUUUUAUUUUACACUGCACAGAUCGUGUUAUUUAUGAAAGAGUUAAGAGGAUUCAAAUGGACCUUGGUUAUACUAGUAAAGCUGACAAAUGGCUCUAUGCAAGCAGUCAUCCUCAUACUGGGCAACUCCAAAUUGAAGCAGGCAGCUACGAAAAUGCUUCAAAGACCAACAUUCUGGAGGACUAAAUGAGCUUUUAUACUGGGUGGGAAUGUAGUCAUAUUCAAUUAGCCUGUGUAUGAAGAAAGUCCACACCAACAGAAUAAUUAAUCUUUACUUCGAUUCUGAUCCUGUUGGAAUACAUGGUGUUCACUGUCAAUUUUUGUUAUUAUGGGUGUAUUGUUAUCAUGU